CCUAAUGGGUUUCUCGCCAAACGAGUGGCUCCUAGUAACCCAUCAUGAGAUUCUAUAUAUGUAGGAUGCUCUCCUCCUCAUCUAUCUCGAGAAAGACUUAUUCUACAUCAUCACUUUCUUUCCUCUUAAGGUAGACAUCACUGUCGCUUAUUUCUUUUCCAGAAGUCAAGGUCAUUCGUUUGCUUGCUUCUAUCCAUCGUUACUUUUCCUGUUAUAUACAGUCGUUAUAAGAAUAACUUCGUUCGCUCAUACAGCAGGAAUUAUUUUUACCAACUAUCGUCUACUAAGGAUUGAAUUUAUAUCACAAUGAAGAACGCCGUAUCGUUCGUCGCCUUGGCUGCCGGCCUCAGCCAGGUCACAGCCACCGGCUUCGGAUUCAGCAACGCUCCCAAAUUCAGCUGCCCGGAUAACACCAACAACACCUGUACCCCCGAUUACGAAAACGGCCUCGACUGGUCCGAUCUUCCUACCGGUGGAUUCGAUUCUUACAAGGGAUUCCAAUGGAGCGGCUUCACUUGCGCUUCGUCUUUCGGCAAGCGGGAUGAGCUCACUGGCCGAUCUUUCCAGAGCAAGUGCAUUACCGGAAAGGCCACUUCUAACUAUGGCAGCAGCCCUAAGAUCAGCUGCGACAAGAGCAAGGGUGUUUCUAAGACCUCUAUCACCAGCUUCCAGGUCUCUCCCGAGUUCGACUGUGACCUAGAGUUCCACUACUCCAUGCCUGAUGGAUCUACUUGCAAGCACCGAUCUGCCUGCAAGUCCUCCGGUACCGUUGUCCAGAACACCCAGUGCGGUGGUGCCACCGACGUCACUGUCGUCUACCCUUCGCAGCCUUCCAAGCCCAAGGACUCUUGCUCCUUCGGCAUUCACUCCAUCGGCUUCGACUGCACUGGCCCUAAGCCUUCCAAGCCUGCCCAGAGCACCUACAGCGUCAGCACCGCCACCUCCGCCAGCAGCAAGCCUACCAAGUCUGCUUCCGCUUCUAGCUCUGAGGUUCGCUCCAGCUCCAGCGUUCCCGUUGGUUCUUACUCUGCCAGCAUUCCUUCUGCCAGCGCUAGCGCUAGCUCCAGCUUCUCCGUUAUCAAGUCUAGCUCCUCUGCUGUGGGAUCUAGCUCUUCAGUCGUUGCCUCCAGCUCCGCCAGUGUAGCUUCCAGCUCUGCCAGCGUGGCCUCCAGCACCUCUGUUGUUGCUUCCAGCUCUACUGUUGUCGCUUCCAGCAGCACCGCGGUUGUCUCUUCAUCCUCGUUCUCUGUUACCAGCUACUUGACCACCUCCACUGUUUUCACCACCUCCGUCCAGACCAUCACUAGCUGUGGCCCUACCGUCACCAACUGCCCUGCUCACUCUACCGCUCUUACCACCGUCACUGUCCCGGUUUCCACCACUGUGUGCCCCGUUACCGAGACCAUCGGUGUUUCUACCCCUGUUUCGUCUGUUGUGUCUUCCGCUGUCUCUAGCCCCGCUACUCAGGCUACCGGAUACCCCACAGGACCCGCUGUCUCUUCGCCUGCCAAGUCGUCCUCUGUGCCUGCUGCUUCCGGCGUUAAGUCUACUCCCGUUGCCUCUUCCGUCACCUCGCCUGCUUCUUCCCCUGCUGGCCCCGCCGAGACUCUUCCUUGCCCCGGUGUCGUUCCCUCUUGCUUGAAUACCUGGAUGUUCAGCGUUGGCUGCAAGGACAACACCGACGCCGCCUGCUACUGCCCUGACGCCAGCUUCACCAAGAACAUCUUCACCUGCAUGUACGCCUAUGGUGAGUCUGACGAGGUCAUCUCUGAGGCCAUCAGCUACUUCCAGGGUAUCUGCGCUCCUUUCGUCGGCAGCAACCCCGGAAUUGCCACCGGUGCCCAGACCAUCACCUCUGUCCUCACUGCUACUGCUCCCGCUCCUACUGGUGCCGUUACCACCAUCCAGGUCGCUACCACUGUCGUUGUUCCUUGCACCAACGAGGCUGGCGAGACCAUCCCCAGCUCCAGCAGCACCGUCACCGUCAGCACCAGCCUGACUGUCCCUGGUGUCAUCUUCACCACCAUCACCUCUGGCCCUAGCUCCACCGGUGUUGUCGUUGUCCCCGGCACCUACGCCGCCACCGUCCCUGCUGCUACUCCUACUGCCGCAACCGCGACUGCCACCAAGCCCGCCGGCAGCCCUGCUCCUUAUCCCGUCGCUGGUGGUUCCUCCACCCUCGUCACCGCUGCCCCCUCCGGCACUGGUGUCAGCCGCCCGACAACAUCGUCGCCUUCAUCGGCGAUCGUCACUGCCGGUGCCGCCCACGUCGGUGCCGGUAUGGGUCUUAUCGGCUUUGCCGGUAUGAUCGUUGCCGCCGCCCUAUAAGCCAGCACUUAGCAGCAAUCGGCAACCAAGCAUCUAGGUUAGAGCAUUAAAAAACCAGCAAGCCUUGCAGGCAAACAAAAACCGAUUUCCUUCUCUGUAUUUUAACAUGACCAGCGCCGUCACAACAUAAGAUUCUUACGAUCCUUACGAAACGAAACAAUUGCAUAUUUUUUGGGGAACCUGGAAAAAGACCGCUUUAGGGGGCUUCUCUUUUAUUUUAAUAACCACCCGGCACACAAAUCAAAGGUCAUUGUAACGUGGUAGCUCAGUAGAGGUUUCGCCUCUUUCGUUCCCUGUUUCUUCUCUGUGACAGCGAGGAUGGUGACGAAGAGGUUCGAUGUGGCUCAAGUUGGGGGCUCGUAUGUUAACCCGUAUGAUGUACUCCAGCUGGGGCGAAGAAGGGAUGUGUGUAAAAAGCGUGGAUGGGCCCUGUAGUAAUAGUAAUACCCCAAAUGAGAAACUCGCUGAGCUUGAGAAUUA